UUUGAUGUGCCGAAGUGGGGAUAGUAAGUGAGCACUAGCGUUGUCGUUGCAAAAGAUUUUUACGAAAGUGGCCUAUAAUUCUAACAAAUAAUAAAACAGUGCAAAUUAUAAGGAUUUAUAAACAUUAUUGUGUCUUAUGAUUGACAAAAAGUGGUCGUGUUUAUGUGCUUUUGGAAUAAGAAAGCUCCUCCAACUUGGAAUCUAGCAGCGUGGCUCCGAAAGCUUCUCUUUGUUUCUGUCACGGUUUCGUUAUAAGGCCAUCUUCAUGUGCGACAAUGGAUCGUAUCUUCAGCCGCGAAGCGUAACCUAAGGGUCGACGUCGCGGUAGCAGUGGUCGUCGGGGUGCCGGGGAACCGAAAGAAGAAGCCGCGGCCCGAACAGGCGGGCGACGCCGAGGAGUGCGGUGGUGCGAGUGGCGGAGUGUGAGGUGCAGUGCUGGUGCAUGUGCGGCGGCUAGUGGCUAGUUCCUUGUGAUCUGGUGAGCGUUCCUCAAUGGACAAACGGAAAAUGAUGCCAAAAAGGCCUAGGUUCGAAUCGCGCGGUCCCAUCUCCAACGGACCAAUGCAGGCGCGACCCCUGGUGGCGCUGCUGGACGGUCGCGAUUGCUCCAUCGAGAUGCCCAUCCUCAAGGACGUUGCCACCGUGGCCUUCUGUGACGCGCAGAGCACCAGCGAGAUACACGAGAAGGUGCUGAACGAGGCCGUGGGCGCGCUCAUGUGGCACACCAUCAUCCUUACCAAGGAGGACUUGGAGAAGUUCAAGACUCUCCGCAUCAUAGUGCGUAUCGGCAGUGGCGUCGACAAUAUCGACGUGAAGGCGGCCGGCGAGCUGGGGAUAGCGGUGUGCAAUGUGCCCGGGUACGGUGUGGAGGAGGUGGCCGAUACCACGUUGUGUCUCAUCCUCAACCUAUAUAGGCGGACCUUCUGGCUGGCCAACAUGGUCAGGGACGGGAAAAAAUUCACGGGACCUGAACAGGUGCGAGAGGCAGCGCAGGGAUGCGCCAGGAUACGCGGCGACACACUCGGUAUCGUCGGUCUCGGCAGGAUCGGAUCGGCGGUGGCCCUGAGGGCGAAAGCCUUCGGUUUCAACGUCAUCUUCUACGACCCCUACCUGCCCGACGGCAUCGAGAAAAGCUUAGGAUUGACGCGGGUGUAUACCCUGCAGGACCUACUCUUCCAGUCGGACUGCGUAUCGUUGCACUGUACCCUCAACGAACACAACCACCAUCUCAUUAACGAGUUCACCAUUAAGCAGAUGAGGCCGGGUGCCUUUUUAGUGAACACAGCUCGAGGAGGCUUAGUGGACGACGACGCGCUAGCUCAGGCCCUAAAACAAGGACGCAUCCGCGCGGCCGCCCUGGAUGUACAUGAGAACGAACCCUACAAUGUGUUCACUGGCCCCCUCAAAGACGCCCCAAACCUCUUGUGUACACCGCACGCGGCCUUCUACAGCGACGCCUCAGCCACUGAACUGCGGGAAAUGGCAGCAUCGGAGAUCAGGAGGGCGAUCAUGGGCAGGAUACCUGAGUGUCUGAGAAAUUGCGUCAACAAGGAGUACUUCAUGGGGCAGGGCUCAUAUCCCGAAGGUACAGUGUCACCCGCGGGUGUUAACGGCGGUUACUACCAAGGCGGCGCACUCCCCGUCCAACAGGCACACUCCACAACACCGCACGAAGCCCCACAUACGGUCACACCCAGUGCAGCUGCGCCCCCAACACCACAGCCUGCCCCACCCGUCGGACCAGUUCCCGUACCACCCCAUGCUCUACCGAUAAGUACCCCAGAUCCAGCGAAUCACCAUGCACCAAAGCCAGAACCGUCGGAGGUGCAUUAACGGUGUCUCCUUCAAGUGACGUAUUUCUUAUUGGGCUGCAAACUGCUACGAAUGUGUGAAGUGCAUGUUGGAUCACAUUUUAUGUUUUUUCAAACACAUUAAGCUAUACAUAUCGUAAAAAUUGGAAUAUUUACAUUUACAUCACAACAUAUUUCCGCCUUGUUUUUGUGACUCAUUUCGUAAUCCCGAUAUUUAGUUUAGUAGAUUUUAUUUGUAUGUAUUCUUUUUUAUAAAAAUCAAACUAUGUACAUAAGCGUUCUGGUUUUAACUUAAAUAUGAUGAUGAAAACAUUUAUUUACAACAAAUUGUGAUGUGUAGCUUAGGGUUCCCAAAUGAGUCACUGUUGUAAAAAGAAUAUACUUAAUUUGUUUUCAUCUUUUAUUUUGUAAAAAUGGUAUAUUCAUGCUUUUUUUGUACCGUCCAAUUUCUUUUCGUGUAAUUUUGUCUUUGUGCAGAGAGCUAAUGUAUAUCCUGUUUUUUAAUAAAUAGCAUUAAGGGAAAUUACCGAUGAGAACUUGGACCUGAUCGUAGAGUAUAAUAGGUUUAAACAAAAUUGAAGCUAUCGUCAUAAAUAGUUUAAUCAUGUAAAAUCUUUUAGUUUUUAAUUAGAAAUUUUUAAAAUAUUAAGUGCAUUAUUAUUUUGAGAGGAAAGUACACCGCGGUAUUUUUUACAUAAACAUUUUCCUAGCUAUUGUGAAUAAUGAAAAAAGUUUUAUAUUUUAAGAUUUCUUGAAACUAUGUGUGUAUAAAAUUGUUUAUUUAGGAAAUGCUGCAAUGUCGAAUGAAUGAUAAAUAGCCCAAACAUUUUAUGUUAAAAAUUUUUAGGAAAAAUAAACUACAAUUCUAUAUAAAAAAUAUAAUAUACUGACAAAAGACUUUUGUUUAAAGCAACCAGUGAGGAAGAUCGAAGUGGACUUAAAACAAUUUUAAGGUGAAGUGCGGUAAUGUUUAAUUUCGUAUUGUAGAAUAAAAUAGUGAUACUUGUGACUAAUUUCAGUGAUUUAAUUUACAAACUGCUUCGGAUUGUCGCAUAUUUUCGUUUACGAGCCCCUUUUUAUUCACAACACGAAUAUAACAUUCCAAAUACUUACUAGUACCCAAAAUGAUUUUGGCAAUAAUUAAAAAAAAAAAACGGUUACGGUGUACUAUUUGCUCAGUAUAUUUUUAUAAAAACAAUUUUUAAACAAUUUAUAAAGGGUAGAAAAUGGUUCACCAACUGCGUUUCUAAUAAAAAAUGUAUUGCUUCUCUCUACGACGGUUAAACGAAAAUACGCGACGACGGAAAUCACAAUAGAACAGCAUGUGAAAAAAAUUGUAGGGGCUAUUGGACUUCCACAGAAUUUUGAAAUAAAUAUCUUGAAAAAUUUAUUUAGGUAGCAUUUUGUGUUUUGUGUAGGGCAUUCAAUUCCUCGUUUCAGAUUCGAAUUAAUAAAAUGCACACCUUGAGGCUGGUUCAUUUAAAACGAUCGUGAGUAUAUUUUUGCAAAUCGCAAAAGUAGCAUUAAUAAGAAAUGUUGUUCCUAUAAAAACGAAAUACUAUAAAAUCCUAGGUAAUUUUUACAUAAUUUUAUUUAUUGUUUGUUACACUUAUACAUUAUCAUGUGCAAGUUGCAGUUUUACAUACCGUUUUAACUAAUUUUUUAAUUUUAUUAUUAUCUGUAGGAUGUAAUAUGAAUUUCAUAAAAAAUUUGAUAUUAUUUGAACCUCUUCGAGAAUUUAUCAAUUUUCUUGCUAAUUUCGUUCUAACGUGAACCAGCCUUUAGCUAGAAUUAGAUAAGAGUGACACAUUUGCGAUCAGAGUGAUUUGAUCAUGGAUAACUGACAUUUUUUUCUUUUAAUAAAUAUAAAUAGGAAAUUCA